GUGGAGGCGGGGACAACAUGGCUGGAAGUUACACACCGCGGUUAGCUAGCUAACGAGGUUUAAUAAUUGUCACAUUGUUGCCACGUUAUUAAGAAAAUAAACCCAGCUUAGUGUUAACUGUGAGUGCGCUUAUCGACUUGUAAAUACGUUGCUUACAUUAAUCGCUGAUAAAUGUCCAGAAAACCUGCUAAGCGCGUGAAGAAAGAUAUGCGGCUAACGUUAGCCCAGCAGCGUUAAUGGUAACCUGCCUGUAAACACCUGGACAGGCGAACACAGGAAGCGACGUGCUGUUAGGAUCCUUUUACUUCGAGACCCGAACAUAAGAAAUGAGGAAGUGGACCUGGCGAGAAGGACAGCAGCCGCACACACGACAAGCUGCUGGGCAGCGCCGUGGAUGGCACAGAGGAAACCGACGGCAGUGGUAUGAACGUGACAAUCCAGGGCCAUCACAGAGGCAACGUGAUAGCCAGCCUGCCUCACAGUCCUCAUCUUCCUCGUCUUCUUCUAAGGCUAGCAGUGCUGCGCCAGAGCUGCCAGGUUUUUACUUUGACCCCGAGAAAAACCGUUACUUCCGGCUAUUGCCCGGACACAACAACUGUAACCCACUGACCAGAGAGCAGCUCCAACAGAAAGAAAGGGAGAAGGAGAGGCACAAGAUGCUGGCAGAAGAUGAAAAAACAAGAAAAAAGGCACCAAGAAGAGGACUGAACACUUCGCUGCUUCUUCAGAAAAGACACCUAGGUCUAUUACCUGAGCAUUCCUAUUGCAGGCUCGUCCAUGAGGUGAAGGUCAGUGGAAUGAGACGCCACAAACUAGAGAUCCAGAGCACAGACAGCAGCAUCUCGAACACCGACAACUUCAGACUCAUAGUGGGGGAUUCGGCGUGCGAGCGAGUGUUCACAGUCAACGAUGUCUCUCAUGGCGGCUGCAAGUACGGCAUCAUGAACUUCAGCAGCAGCAGUCGGGGGUCUCUGUCUGUGGAAAUGUGCGAUAACCUCUACUUCACAAAUCGUAAGGUUAAUUCCAUCUGCUGGGCUUCAGUAAAUUACCCUGAUUCUCAUGUUCUGCUGUGUCUGGUGGGAGUAGCAGACACUCCUGGCUGUGUGAGUUUACUUCCUGCUUCCCUCUUCAGCAACUCCAACCCAGAUCAGCCUGGGAUGCUGUGUAGCUUUAAGAUAUCCACAGCCUGGUCUUGUGCUUGGUGUCUCAAUCCCCAGUUUGACAAGACCUUCAGCACUGGCCUGUCUCGUAGAGUGAUUGUGAAGGAUGCAGAGACAGGCCGAACGCAGACGUACAGCGUCGGCAGCGAUGUCUUGGCUCAGCAGUUUGCCCUUAGGGUUCCUGUCCUGUUUAACGGCUGCAGAUCGGGGGAGAUCUUCAGCAUCGAUCUCCGGCAGCGCGGCCGCAGGGAUCACAGCUGGAAGGCCAGUCGCUUCCAUCAAGAGUCAGCCAUCACCUCUGUACGCGUCCUGCAGGAUGAGAACUACCUGCUGGCUGCUGACAUGCUGGGCCAGAUUAAGUUGUGGGAUGUACGAGUCGCAAAGCCAGUACAAGAGUAUAAAGGACAUCACAAUGAGCAUGCCUACCUUCCCAUCCAUGUCAAUGAGCGUGAAGGGCUUUUGCUGGCAGUGGGUCAGGAUUGCUACACAAGGUUAUGGAGCCUGAAGGACGGUCAUCUACUAAGAACCAUCCCAUCACCCCACCCUGCUGCAAACGACUUGAUCCCAAGUGUCGUUUUUUCAUCUAACCUGGGCGGCUGCAGGGGGCUCCCCGGGCUGCUCAUGGCUGUCAAACACGACCUUUAUUACUUCCCAUAUAACAUCGACUACCAGGAAUGAGGAGAGCUGACGCCAGCUGUAUCAGCUGUAUAUUUGAAAGAGUGUGGCUUGGUAAAGAUGCUGUGUGACAGCCAGUUGUACUAAAUUUGGACUGAAAAGAUGACCUCAAAAAAAAAAACUGCUUUUAAAUCUCAGGGGAAAUACAUUUUUAUCUUUUUUUUUUGGUGCCAAAAGGAAAUGGAAGUGCUGCAUUCACAUAUGCACACCCAGUACUCUUUUCAGAAGUGCACUUAUUUUAAACAUGACUAACCUUGAUUGUUACGGGAAUUGAGGGUGCUGAGGAGUGAAACUGGAAAAUGAAGAUACUGAGUUUGUAUUGUAAUUCAAAUGUUUUCUAAUCUUUGUUGACUCCCAGUAAAUUUAAUAAAAAAUGGUAACCUGUGGCAUUGUAUUUGACACACACACACACACAUUAAGUCUCCACU